GGCAUGGUAGGGUUUUGCUGUCGAGAAAGGGGCCUAAUAGAACAUUUAUUCUGCAAAGGGGCGUCAACGAUAGGUCCCGCCCCCAGCGCGUCUCCGCCUCCGCCACACUCAACAUGGCGGCGACGCAGAGCCGCCGAGGCACCUGAGCAAGUCGCCAGUGGCGGGUCUCCACUCCAGUCAUGGCGGCACCUCGGCCCGCACGGGGCAGCGGGCCUCUGGAGACGUGCGAGCUGGAGCGGAUUUUGGAAGCGUUGAAGCUGCUGCUGAGCCCGGGAGGAUCAGACUCCAGUUCACUGCAGAUCACAAAGCAUGAUGUCCUGUUGGCUACUUUGAAAUCUAACCUGUCUGCUUUGGAGGACAAGUUCCUGAAGGAUCCUCACUGGAAGACAUUGAGACUCCUCAGGGAUGAAAUUGCCAAAAAGGCAGAAUGGCCACAAAACUCUGUGGAUGUCACCUGGAGUUUUACCUCCCAGACCUUGUUGUUGCUGUUAUGCUUGAAGGAAACCAUGGUCCACCUUGCAGCUGAUUUCAGCCCAGGUAGACCCAACCCUCGCACACCCGAAGCCGCUCCCGCCUUGAGCCCUGAUACACUCAGCAUCUCUCAGCAGAAGACUGUGCAGUCUGCCUUGCAGUUCGUGGUCACCUUGGGACUCUGCCCCUACCUCAUGCCUGGUGUGGGGGUCCCCCUGCGAUCCAGGACUGCAUUUGGGGCCAUUGUGCCAGAUGUGGUCUGUCUCGAUGCUGCCCCUGCUGCCACCCAGAGACUGUACAGCAGCUGCAGGAUCCUCUUAAAUGUUGCUCAACACACUGCUCUAGGGAGCUUGAUUUUUUGCCGCCAUUUGGGAGACAUUGUAGCAGGCCUGUGCCAGCUGGGAUUCUGCCCAACUAAGAGAAAACCACUAAAGCCUGAGGAAGAGGUGUUAACAGAAGAAGAAAGAGCUCUCUCUAAGAAGGCAUUGAGGGACAUACUCGAUCAAGUGUAUCAGCCACUAGUAGUGCGAGAGUUGCUUCUCCUCCAGGGAGGACCCCCCCAGUCCUGCACAGAUGUGAAGACCCAAGUUAGGUGUCAGGCCCCAGCCUGGCUUCGGCGUCUGUGUGGGCAGCUGCUCUCUGAAAGGUUAAUGAGACCCAAUGGUGUCCAGGCAGUGGUCCGGGGCAUUUUGGAAGGAGCAGGUGCGGGGGCGGCUGGUGGGAGCGACGCUGAGGCAACGGCUGCUGACUGGAAGAAGUGUGACUUGAUUGCCAAGAUAUUGGCCUCUUGUCCCCAACAGUCUCUCUCACUGGAGAGUUACUACCAGGGUAUCUGCCCGCAGAUUCUGGAUUUAUUUCACUUUCAAGAUAAAUUGACAGCCCGACAAUUCCAGAGAGUUGCCACCACUACCUUUAUAACUCUGUCAAGAGAACACCCACAGUUGGCAGCAGAUUAUUUGCUGCAGCCCCUUUUGGCACCUCUUCAUCGGUGCUCAAGCACAGCAGAGAUUCCAGAGAGUGACAUGGCACCAGGGACCAUUUUGGUGACAGAAGAAGAACUUAAUAGAUGUGUUGAGGAUAUUUUUAAGGUGUACGUGGUCGGAAAUGAACCUUCCACAGUGCUGCUGGGCUCCCUGCUCCCAGUGCUGGGCGUGCUCUUCUGUCUCUACUGUUACACCAAGCAGAGCGUGUCUCACAUAAGGUCACUUUGCCAAGAGAUCUUAUUAUGGAUUCUGGGGAAGCUGGAGAGGAAGAAGGCAAUUGCUAGCCUGAAAGGAUUUGCAAGGUUGGACAAAUCUGUGCCCUCUCUCCAUUCUCUGUGUCAGUUCAGAGCUGCCACCCAAGGGGGCAUUGUGGUCGCCAUCAAAGAGGCCUUUUGUGAUGAAGAUGAAGAUGAAGCCCUGUAUCAAAAGGUUUCCUCAGAGCAGAGCCAGAUGGAACAUCUUGGGGACUUGCUGUCCUACUGCCAAGAAUGUGGUUUGGCAGGUGACUUCUUCAUCUUCUGCUUGAAGGAGUUGACACAUGUGGCCAUGGAAGAUGAAGCAGAGUUAAAAACUGAGCCUUUCUCCAGCAAAAGCCUCUUGGAAUUAGAGCAGCACCGAACUCUCCUCAUGGAAGGUCAGGAGCAGAGGCUGCUGGUGCUGCAUCUGGUGGCUAUUCUGUGUGAGAGAAUGUCUGAGCAGAUAUUCACAAACAUCACUCAGGUCGUGGACUUUGUCGCUGCCACACUGCAGCGAGCUUGUGCAAGCUUGGCCCAUCAGGCAGAGAGCACAGUGGAAUCGCAGACCCUGAGCAUGUCCAUGGGGCUGGUAGCUGUCAUGCUGGGAGGUGCUGUCCAGCUGAAGUCGAGUGAUUUUGCUGUUCUGAAGCGGCUGCUGCCUCUGUUAGGAAAAGUCUCCGACAUGUAUCCUGACCCUGUCAUCCAAGAACUUGCUGCUGAUCUCCGCAUCACCAUCUCUACCCACGGGGCCUUUUCCAGCGAGGCUGUCAGUGUGGCUGCCCAAAGUACCCUGAAUAAAAAGGAUCCAGAAAGCAAAAUAGAACAGCAACAAAGCAGUUAUGAGAGAGACACUGACCAGUUUUCUCACCACCUUGAACAACGGCAAAGCCAUGAGAAAUGCAGCCAGGCUGGCCUGAAGUCUAACGCCACACUCAUUCCUCAGGAAGCCAAUGAAGCCAGGCCUCCCACCAACCAGAAGCCUGGGAGCACAACCACAGAGGAGCUCCAGGCAGUUCUUUUAGCAGCUUAUGAUCCCCAAAUUCCUACCCGGGCUGCCGCUUUGCGAACUCUUUCCCGCUGGAUAGAGCAGAGAGAAGCAACAGCCCUUGAGAUGCAAGAGAAACUUCUCCAGAUAUUCUUGGAGAACUUGGAGCAUGAAGACAGCUUUGUAUAUCUGUCUGCAAUUCAGGGAGUUGCCGUACUCUCAGACACCUACCCUGAGAAAGUCUUGCUUGGCCUGUUGGCUCAGUACGACAGCAGUAAAGACCAGCGCACACCAGAGACCAGAAUGAAGGUUGGGGAAGUCCUGAUGAGAGUUGUCAGAGUUUUGGGAGAUAUGGUCUCAAAGUACCGAGAACCUUUGCUCCACACCUUCCUGAGGGGAGCCAGGGAUCCAGACAGUGCUCACAGGGCCAGCAGCUUAUCCAACCUCGGAGAACUGUGCCAGAGACUGGACUUUCUCCUGGGCUCCGUGGUUCAUGAGGUAACAGCUUGCCUGAUUGCAGUGGCUAAAACAGACCCCGAAGUUCAAGUGCGCAGAGCUGCCAUCCAUGUAAUUGUGCUGCUGCUUCGGGGACUCAGCCAGAAAGCUACUGAGGUGUUGAGGGAUGUUCUCAAGGAUCUCUACCACCUGCUGAAGUAUGUGGUGAAUUUGGAGCCUGAUGCUGUGGCCAAGCUCCAUGCCCAGCUGGCCCUGGAAGAGCUGGACGAGAUCAUGAGAAACUUCUUGUUCCCGCCACAAAAGCUUGAGAAAAAGAUCGUGGUCCUGCCAUAGACAAGGCCCAAAAGACUUCCUGGAGGCUGAGGACCAAGCAGCUAGAGCAGUGCCCAUACCUCUCAGCAAGUGGCCCUACUGCAUCUUGGUGCUGGCAAUAUGGCUGACCUGGGAGGUGGCUUCAUGGAUGGUUUUUAUGUCUUUAUUUUAGUCUUCCUAAAGCAUCUCUUUAGCAUCCUGCAUCCAGACCAAAGCUUGUGCCAUUAAAGGAAAAAGAUGACAGAUCUCAUUAAUCUACAUGUUUUUCACAACCUGUAGCCUUUAACAAUAGACAUUUACCUGAUAGGAGUAUAUUUUUAAUACAACUGAUGGAAUAUGAUUAAUUGUUCCUUCUCUUAUGACUUGAAAAGAGAUUGGCCAUCCAUAUGUUACAUAUCUUAAUAGUCUUUUGUGGUGAGAUUCUUCUUCCUUGUGAUAAAUGACAAAUAGCCAGAAUUUGUCACCCUUAGCUAUUCAAAGGCAUUUCAGAGUAUGGUAGUAGGAAUGGUAAGGAAAUUGUUAUCAAAACAUGCAAAGUGGAAUAAAAUUAUCUUGGCUG